AUGCCCUCCCGGCCUGGACGUGACCCGCCGCUGCCUCCACUGCCUCCGAUCUUGAGUCCUGGCAUCACCGCUCCUCCCUCGAACCUUCCCCGGGCACCUCCCCGAGCUCCUGCCUCAGAAAUCACAAGGAAACGGUUACCCGAGCGUCAGAAUGCGCCGACGAUGGCCGCGAUGAACGGCUCCGCGCCAACCAGUCCUCGUCGUGGGCACCACCGCUCAAUCAGCCAUCCAUUUCCAUUCCCUGGACUCGGCAAGAGGCGUGACAAAGGAAAAGCCAACAUGUGGGAAUCAGAUUCGGACUCCGAUGAGGUUACAUUUCCCAUGGAUACGGUUGAUGGAAGCCUUCGGAAGGACUCGAAGGGUGGAGGGGAUCUUGCAGAAACGAAAUGCCAAACUUGCAGCUCGACAGUACGAUGGCCACGGAACUUGACCACAUUUCGAUGCUCCGCUUGCUUGACGGUGACUGAUCUGGAGCCCGAACCGUCCACUGAGUCCCAAACCUACGGUAACCCGGACGCCAAAGACAGGACACGAGGCUGGCGCCUUAAGAAACAGCCCUUCGACGAUCGUCCCUUACCACCGCUGCCACCAUCCGCACGGCCACCAGAGCAGAAGCCAGAGAUGCCGUUGUCGGCCAGGUACAUGAGCGAUCUAAUUGACCGAUGCCUUUCAAUGUACUUCGAUGGUCUUUUGAAUGGAUCUAGAUCGAGUUCGGGGCCAGAUGACGAACGAAACGGCCGAGCACGUCCUCCUCAACAGGAGGGAAUACCCUCAACAACCCGUGGCCCUGGUGGCCAUCUAUCCGCCCCUCGAGACCCUCGAGAUCCCCGAAGCCGUAGCACAUCUGGAUCUGGCGAACGACUUGGCGUCCCAAACAACAAGUCAACUUUUUUGACACCGCACGUGGCUCAAUGGGCAGGCAAGGUUACGCAAGUCCGGACUCGAGCCAAUUCAGAUCUACAGUCAAGUCCAAAGACCAAUCGUCAUCCGCAGGACCGCCCGGUACACCAUUCAGAUCUGGAGAACAAAGACCGCGAAUCUCCCCAUCGGGUAUUUGAGCAAUUAGAGAACUACCUGAUUGCCGCUUUGAAAGGCAUCGAUGUUCUUAAUACGUCUUUCUCAACUCAUCAACCCUCUAUUCGAUCUGCUAGUAGUGGUAAUCCUCCGAGGAUGAAAAUCGAUCCUAAUACUCUCAUGGAACCGACUUUGAAUGCGGCCGUGUUUGAGCCGGAUGCCAAAACUCUCCUCCUGGGAGAUUUGGCCGAAAACUCAUCGUGGUGGAUGACGGAAUGGGCCCAGGCUGAGGGACAAAUGCCGUCAUCAGCUAAAGAGAAAGGAAGUCAAGAUUCUCGUUUGGCAUCUUCAAGAUCUCCUCGCAUCAACUGGGCUGAGGUGGCACGGUGGUAUCAGUUGCUCCUGACUGCUGGGAGCUCUUGGGCUGAACGUUGGGUUGCCAAGAGACCUGAGUAUCCGCGUUCCGACGCCGAGGCGGCUCGUCAAAAGAGGUGGGAAUCAGCGGAUCUUGCUCAACUGGAGAGAGAGAUCAUCGAUUCGCGCCUGCAUCUUCAGCGGACAUUUAUGAAAGCCGUCGAGAAUCUUUUGAAGCGCCCGCGCCGGCUCAUCAAGAAACCGGAUGAUACCAGAUGGCUCUUCAUAUUGCUUGCAAACCCUUUGUUGUCAUCCCCUAAUGCCUAUUUGCCCCCUCGGCCUGUGCAGGCAUCCCACCCUGACAGCCGACGUCCAUCCUACCCGAGCGACGGCCCACGGCCGACCACGAGGGAGGACAAAUCUUCAAACAAAGACCACAACCGCCAAGGAGGCUCUAAUCGACAUCAUGGAAUUGCGAAGCGGAUUUUUGGAUUGAUGUCUAAUGCUCCCAAUGAGUGUCAUCAUUAUUUCGUCUCCUGGUUCUCUCGGUUUUCUCCCGGUCAAUUCGAACGGAUUGUUGAAUUGGCCGGUGGCUUUGUCACUUAUCGAUUGACUCGUCAGCAUGGCCGUAAGCGCAGUGAAAUUCCAAAAGAUGGCGAUGAGCUUAUCCCAAGUUUCGCCAGCGCGGCGGGUAACACGCCCGCGGAGCUACAUGCAGCCAUUAACAAUCGCCGCAGCCCACAAAAAAAGUCGGAGAAGAAGAAGGAAGCUCCAAUGGUAUAUGUGGAGGAUUGGCAGAUCAAAGCCGGAUCAAGAGUCUUGUCCUUGCUAUUCAUUGCGAAUACAGACGGUUCCAGGAAGUCCGCUGUGUCUCUACGAGAUCUACGAUCUCAGCGUCAUCCUAAUUCUGCUGGACAGUCUGGACGUCGUGACAAUUAUAUGGUCCCCAUUAGUGCUUUCUACAACACCUUGCUGGACUAUUCAGACCUGAUUGCUGACUUUGAUGUCUGGGAGUCAAAAAGCGGCAAAUUCUCGUUCUGCCAAUACCCUUUCCUCCUAAGCAUUUGGGCCAAGAUUCGCAUCAUGGAGCAUGAUACUCGCCGGCAGAUGGAGGUGAAAGCGCGCGAGGCCUUCUUCAGCAGCAUCCUGACUCAGCGUGCGGUCAGUCAAUAUCUUGUACUGAAGGUGCGACGUGAAUGUCUAGUCGAGGACAGCAUGCGCGCCGUGGGCGAGUCUGUUGGAGCUGGGUCCGAAGAAAUCAAGAAAGGACUUCGUAUUGAAUUUGUUGGAGAGGAGGGUGUUGAUGCCGGUGGCCUUCGCAAGGAGUGGUUCCUCCUGCUUGUCCGGGAGGUCUUCGAUCCCCACCACGGUCUCUUCGUUUACGAUGACGACUCCCAGUAUUGCUAUUUCAAUCCGUAUUGCUUCGAGUCCUCUGAGCAAUUCUACUUGAUUGGCGCCUUGCUUGGCCUUGCCAUUUACAACUCCACCAUUCUGGACGUCGACUUGCCCCCAUUUGCGUUCAGGAAAUUGCUUGCAGCCGCGCCUCAGAACACCGGUUCACAUCCACCCAACCCACAUACAUCAAAGUUCAAGUGUACAUUGGACGACCUCGCCGAAUUCCGACCCGCUCUUGCCAAGGGGCUUCGAGGCCUUCUUGAAUUUGAGGGUGAUGUUGCCGAGACGUUUUGCUAUGACUUUGUCGCUCAAGUUGACCGGUAUGGAGAGGUUGUGACAGUACCCUUGUGCACCGGGGGCGAGAAGCGAGCCGUGACCAAUUCGAAUCGGCGCGAAUUUGUUGACUUGUAUGUCCGCUACCUCCUCGACACGGCCGUGACUCGGCAAUUUGAGCCAUUCAAACGGGGCUUUUUUACCGUGUGCGGGUGCAAUGCUCUCGCACUGUUCCGAUCGGAGGAGAUUGAGUUGCUCGUUCGCGGCUCCGACGAACCGCUUGAUGUAACAUCGCUGCGGGCCGUUGCUACCUACGACAAUUGGUCAAACCAACGGCCUGAGGCAAUUGCAGUGGUGCAAUGGUUCUGGGACUUUUUUGAGCGUGCCCAGCCCCAGGCCCAACGGAAGAUUCUGUCUUUCGUGACGGGCAGUGAUCGAAUUCCCGCUAUGGGCGCCACCAGCUUGUCUAUUCGGCUUGCAUGUCUCGGAGACGAUUGCUCCCGGUAUCCGAUCGCACGGACCUGCUUCAACACUCUCGGUCUUUACCGGUACAGUUCUCGGGAGAAGCUCGAGAAGCUUCUUUGGGAUGCAGUUGUGAAUAGUGAAGGCUUUGGGUUGAAGUGA